AUCUCCAUUUUGCUGUGUAGGUAAGAUGAAGAUGAUCAAACUGACACAACAAUUACUCUGGGGGUUCAUUUUGCUCUGCACAGUAAACCUCAGCAUCCAGCAAGUGUCCAGUGGCAACCAAAGCUCUCGAGGACAAAGAGGGUCAUCACAGGAGAGGACGGGGACAUGUGAAGUGGUUGCGGCUCAUCGCUGCUGCAAUAAGAAUAAGAUUGAAGAGCGCUCUCAAACAGUCAAGUGUUCUUGCUUCCCCGGACAGGUAGCUGGGACAACAAGGGCACUGCCCUCUUGUGUUGAAGCCUCCAUUGUGCUUCAGAAAUGGUGGUGUAAAAUGGAGCCGUGUCUGCAGGGGGAGGAGUGUCGAGUUCUCCCUGACCUCACUGGUUGGUCAUGCAUCUCUGGGAACAAAGUGAAGACCACGAAGGUGAGGAGGGGCCCGGCAUUAGUCUGA